AAAUUUUGACACCGACUUCAAACGUAAAACACACUCCUUGUGGAAAAAUAUGACAUUGCCUUCUCAAGUAUGUGAAAAAGAAAACAAGAGAAAAAGGUAGCUCAAGUAUAAAUUAGGACAUGCAAACUAUUCUUUUUUAUUAAAAGCAACAUGUCAAAGAAAAUAAUGUCUUCUUCAAACUUAUUAUUUUUGUCUCUGGCUCUACUAAUCAUCACACUCUUCUCCAUACCAAAUUUCACUUCUGCUUCUUUGGAAGAAGCCAAUGCUCUUCUUAAAUGGAAAGCAAGCCUUGAAAUCCCAAAAAAAUCCUUACUCUCUUCAUGGAUUCCUCUCCCUUUGAAUUCUAGUGCAUUAGUUCCAUGCACUUCUUGGUUUGGAGUAGUUUGCAAUGCUGAUGGGAGCAUUCAGAAUUUGAACCUCACAUCAUCUGGACUAAAGGGUACGCUUCAUCGAUUUCCAUUUUCUUUGCUACACAAUCUUACACAUUUUGAUCUCUAUAUGAACAAGUUCUUUGGCCCCAUCCCACCAGAAAUCCAACUUUUGUCCAAGCUUGCAUAUCUUGAUUUUUCAUUGAACAAGUUUUCUGGAGUAAUCCCACCUGAAAUAGGAAACCUGCACCAGCUAACCAUCUUAUACUUAUACUCAAACAAGAUCUCUGGUCCCAUUCCUAUUGAACUUGGGAAUUUGAAGUCUCUAACUGAUCUUGAUGUGAGUGAGAAUCAACUAAUUAAUGGCUCUAUUCCUUCAUCAUUAGGUAAUUUGACAUCUUUGAAUGUCCUUUAUUUGCACACCAAUCAACUCUCUGGUCCAAUUCCUGAUGAACUUGGGAAUUUAAAGUCUCUCACUGAUCUUGAGGUGAACACUAAUCAGCUUAGUGGCUCUAUUCCUUCAUCAUUGGGUAAUUUGACAUCUUUGAAUGUCCUUUAUUUGUAUGAAAAUCAGCUCUCUGGUCCCAUUCCUGUUGAACUUGGGAAUUUGAAGUCUCUCACUGAUCUUGCUGUGUAUGAGAAUCAACUUAAUGGCUCUAUUCCUUCAUCAUUGGGUAAUUUGACUUCUUUGAAUCUCCUUUAUAUGCACACCAAUCAGCUCUCUGGUCCCAUUCCUGUUGAACUUGGGAAUUUGAAGUCUCUCACUGAUCUUGCUGUGUAUGAGAAUCAACUUAAUGGCUCUAUUCCUUCAUCAUUGGGUAAUUUGACUUCUUUGAAUCUCCUUUAUAUGCACACCAAUCAGCUCUCUGGUCCCAUUCCUGUUGAACUUGGGAAUUUGAAGUCUCUCACUGAUCUUGCUGUGUAUGAGAAUCAACUUAAUGGCUCUAUUCCUUCAUCAUUGGGUAAUUUGACUUCUUUGAAUCUCCUUUAUAUGCACACCAAUCAGCUCUCUGGUCCCAUUCCUGUUGAACUUGGGAAUUUGAAGUCCCUCAAUAAGCUUGAUGUGAGCGACAAUCAACUUAGUGGUUCCAUUCCUUCAUCAUUGGGUAAUUUGACAUCUUUGAAUGUACUUUAUUUGUUCCUAAAUCAACUCACUGGUCCCAUUCCUAUUGAACUUGAGAAUUUGAAGUCUCUUGUUGAGCUUGAUGUGAGCGACAAUCAACUUAGUGGUUCUAUUCCUUCAUCACUAGCAAACCCCAACAACAUACAGUGGCUGAACCUUGGUGGUAAUAAAUUAUCUGGUCCCAUUCCUAGUGAACUUGGGAAGUUGAAGUCUCUCACUCAUCUUUACGUGAGCAGAAAUCAGCUUAAUGGUUUUAUUCCAUCAUCAUUAGGUGAUUUGACAUCUUUAAAUUUUCUUUAUAUACGUCACAAUGAGCUUGUUGGUCCCAUUCCAAUUGAACUUGGGAAGUUGAAAUCUCUCACUGAUUUUAAGGUGAACAACAAUAAAAUUAGUGGUUCUAUUCCUCCAGAGUUUGGAAAUUUAACUCAACUACAAAGACUUGAUUUGUCUUGGAAUCAUUUGGUUGAUGAGAUCCCAAAGGAGUUUGGGAAGAUGAAAAAUAUGUUGGAAGUGUACUUGGCAGGCAACCAUCUUUCAGGUGUUAUACCUCUAGAACUUGGAUUUUGUGAACUCCUUGAAGUACUCGAUCUAUCCAAAAACAGAUUGAAUGGUUCGAUUCCAACAAGUAUCGGUCAAUGGGAACACACCCACUACUUGAAUCUUAGUAAUAACAAGCUCAGUGAGAAAAUUCCAUCCGAGAUUGGUAAAUUAGUUCAUCUUACAGACCUUGAUUUAUCUCAGAAUUUUCUCACAAAAGAGAUACCAGCUGAAGUUCAAAGUUUGCAGAGUUUGCAAAAAUUGGAUUUUUCUCACAAUAGAUUAUCAGGUUCUAUUCCUGAUACUAUUGUAAAUUUACCUCGUGGUAUUGAUAUCAACCUUUCUUUCAAUAAGCUCUCAGGUCCAGUCCCCCUUUCCGCUAACUUUGUGAAUGCGUCCAUUGAAAGCAAUCCAAAUUUGUGUGGGAAUAUUACCGGAUUGAAACUUUGUCCAAGUCAGAUUAUGAAGAAGAAAAAUGAUCCCUUUCAUCACAAGCUCAUCCUUGUAAUUACACUCCCUCUUAUUGGGGCUGUUUUACUUGGUGUAUUCGCGUAUGGCCUCAUUGCUUAUCAACAACAAAAGAAAGAGUCUCCACAAAAAACAUCGGAUGAAGAAAGUGGUGAUUACUUCUCUAUUACAAAUUUUGAUGGAAAAGUGGUGUAUGCUGAAAUCUUGAAGGCAACAAAUGAUUUCGAUGAAGCAUACUGCAUUGGGACCGGAGGAUAUGGGACUGUGUACAAAGCCGAGCUACAACCUAACAAUGUGGUAGCUGUCAAGAAACUUCACCCAUCAUCUGAGAAUGUUGAUCAUAAUGGAUUCCUUAAUGAGAUACGAGCGUUAACAAACAUAAGGCAUCGAAACAUAGUGAAACUCUAUGGAUAUUGCUCCCAUGUCCGCCACUCAUUUUUGAUUUAUGAAUACCUUGAAAAGGGAAGCCUUGGAUCAAUCUUAAGAAGCGAUGUCUUAGCAAAAGAAUUGGAUUGGUUGAAAAGGGUAAAUAUUGUAAAGGGUGUAGCUAAUGGUUUGGCUUAUAUGCAUCACGACUGCUCACCUCCUAUAAUUCAUAGAGACAUAUCCAUAGCCAACAUCCUUCUUGAUUCUAAUUGUGAGGCACAUAUUUCUGAUUUUGGCACAUCCAAGCUUUUGAAGGUCGAUUCAUCCAACUGGACUGCAAUUGCAGGCACCUAUGGUUAUAUUGCACCAGAGCUUGCUUAUACGAUGGUGGCAAAUGAGAAAUGUGAUGUGUAUAGCUUUGGAGUUGUUGCAAUAGAAGUGAUAAUGGGAAAGCAUCCCGGAGAUCACAUAACAUCUUUUCCAACAUUGUCUGCUGAUUAUAUGGUGCCAGCAAACGUGGGAGAUAGUCGGAUACCUCCUCCCUCAUCACAAGUUGAGAAACAAGUUAGGUUGGUUUUGAGUCUCUCAAGAGCAUGUUUGAACUCCAAUCCACAUGAAAGACCAACAAUGCAACAAGUUUCAAAUCUGUUAAUGAAGGAUCAGCUUUGAAUUGACAUCUCUUGGGCUGAUUGAAAUAGUGUACUUUCAGUGUUCUUUUUACUUUUCUUAUGUUCCCUAUAUGCAUCAUGUCAAUAUGUAUUCAUAUGAAUGCCUUUUUGUUAAGAAACUUCACAUAUGUUUGUGAACAAAUAAGUAAAUGAAAAUCACAAAAAAUUCAAGCUUUGA